AUGCAGCUCAAACAACUUCCGUUGGCGUUGCUUGCAACUGCUGUCGCUGCAGCACCAGUGAAUGAUGCCCGACACUUUAACUCAUGCAACGACAAUCCCGCACUUGCAGUCCUUCGUUUCCUGAGGGCUUCUUCAUUUUGCAGCAGUUUCAUACACAUCUCUACUCAGACUGUCACCAGCAAAACAACUGUGACACAGACGGUUCCUCAAGUUGUGUCUGCUACCAUCACUGCCACAGAUGGCCAAACAAUCACGACGACAAACACGGCAACUGUCGAAGCAACGGUGACGAACGCGGUUGACGGACCGAUUGUCACAGUUACCAAUACUAUCACUGACACUGCAACCGUGACGAGCCCACAACCGGUGACCGUAACGUCAACUUCUACAGUCUCCGUCACUACAUACGGCAGAACGGGCCCCAAGAAGCGAGGGGCGCCAGGGCGGGCGCCAUGCAAGCCAAACCCGCCUCGAGUUCCUCCUGAGCUCAAGAGGUUUGCCGAUAAAGUCAUUUCAACAGCCUGCAGCUGCUACGUGAAAGCACCCACCGUCACCGCAAAGUCGACCGUGACAGUGACCGUUAAACCAACAACCACUCUCUCUUUCACAGCAACUGUAUCCCCAACUCUCGCAACACAAGCCAACGUCGUCACGGUGACGGCUACAGUAACGGUCACGACCACGAAACCACCGACAACAAACACCGCAACCGCCGAAAUAACAGCCACCGAAACAUUACGACCAGUAGCGACGAACACACAGGUUGCUACACAGACAGUGACUGUUGCCGGGCGUCAGUACAACUACGUUUCCAGCUACAACAACAAUUGUGUACCGUUCAACUAUCUCACCUUGAAUGAUGAUGUUCAAGGUAUUCCUCUGACGUACGACGGCAUUUUCCAGUACUGCGCCGCCAAAUGCGCCGCCGACCCCUCAUGUGGACAGAUUUGGGUAGCAAACAAUGAUCCCAUCACUCGGACUGGGUUAUGGUGUAUGACUGGUGGCAAACAAAGUACCAGCAACUUUGAUUAUACCUGGACUUCGAGUGAAAUUCAGUGUGCUUACCCGCCAAUUGGAAAGUAUGGUACCUGGUAUAGCAUCUGA